AUGAAGUUAUGGGAAAGUGAUAUGAAAUUCUUGAAGGAGUCGACAACCAUGCCUUUGCCCAAGUUGAGCAAUUCAGACGUUUCAAAAUAUUCGGUACCAGGGUUCGUCAGACCAUCACAAAAGGCUAUAGGACAUGAAUCUCUUUCGAUCAAAAGAACUAAAGAAGGUUUCGAUCCUAAUGCUUAUAAGCUCAUGUCAAAGGCAGGUUGCGACUUUGGCUUAUCUCCUUUGCCAGGAGAACUUAAUCUGGAUAUCACCGGAGAAAGGACGCAUGGCCUUAACGAAACCCAAAAGAAGUUGAAGAAGCAGGGUUACGUAAUCGACUUAGCUAGAGCAGGCCUUGGUUUUACUCCUAUUGCACCAGUUAAGAUAUCUGCUAGAAGAAAAGAAAAGAAGGCAGACGCUCAACACAUAAGCAUUGAAGUGGUCAAUGAGGAAGAAGAAUUAAAGGCUAAUAAAAGAGCCUUAGUGUUUGACCAUUUAGCCAAGCCUACCCAAUGGACUUCAGUCUUUAGCCAAAUCAAAGAAUCAACAUCACGACCCUCUGUGUUCAAAAGGAUAAUUGGAUCGACGCUAGAAAGAUUCAGAGUUCCAAGCAAAUUGUCUGAAGAGAAAAAUCACCAAGAGAUGAAAAGUAGAGUUCAUGUUGAUUUGACAUACGAUAAUGAAAUUCGGAGCUUAAUCACGUCACGUAUGAAACGUCACUCAACAUUAAACGUAACUUUAGGUGACCAACUCAAAGUGAAACGACGAACAAUCAUACAAACUCGAAAAACUUUGAGUCAGCAAAACCAAAGUCACGAUGAAGAAGCAGAGGUUCUAGCUGUUCAUCAUGUUACGAUUAAAGAGCUCGAUGAAGAGGAACCUUUCGAGGAUGAGGUUCAUGAUGCUCCUGCAGCAUUAGAAUAUGGAGGCCAAGCGAUUGUUGAUGAAUUAAAAGAACUCAACCUGGGCACAAAUGAAGACCUAAGACCUAUCUUCAAGAUGUCUUUGCUUGGACGUAUAAGGAGAUGCCAGGCCUCAAUCCAAAAGUUGCGGUCCAUCACCUUGCAGUCAAGCUUGGAACGCGUCCAAUCAAACAAACUCAACUCGCUUCCGUUUGGAGCUUCUAGGUCAAAUCGAAGCCAAAGUCGACAAGUUGAUUGCUGCCAGAUUUAUUAG